GAACACGCGCAGUACGACCGUCCCUUUCUGCCCGAGCUGCAUUGACGUGGUCGGGAAACGGCAGCGCUAAUACAAGCAUGUCGGCCUUCAGUCGCACCCUGUGCAGCACAGCCUCUCGCUCCCUCCGCCAGCGGUCCAGCGUCCUCAGCAGAGCGGUGCGCCCCAUUGCCCUGCGAAGCGCCCCCACGAGCCCCCUUGCGACACGGCGAGCCCCCUUCUCCGCCAUGGCCUCCCUCAAGAGCGGCGCGCCCAUUGUGCCCAGCACGCGCGAGUACGACCCCGAGAUCAAGGACAUUGCGAGCUACAUCCACAACACGGCCAUUGACUCGGAGCUGGCGUACGACACGGCCCGCUGGGUCUUUGUCGACACGCUCGGCUGCGGGCUCGAGGGCCUGCAGUUCAAGCAGUGCAGGAACAUCCUCGGCCCCGUCGUCGAGGGCACCACGGUCCCCAAUGGCACAAAGGUGCCCGGCACAGACUACCAGCUCGACCCCGUCAACGGCGCCUUCAACAUCGGCGCCAUGAUCCGCUGGCUCGACUUCAACGACUGCUGGCUGGCCGCUGAGUGGGGCCACCCCUCGGACAACCUGGGCGCCAUCCUCGCCGUCGCCGACUGGAUCACCCGCACCAACAAGGCCGGCGGCAACCUGGGCAACGGCAAGAUCUUCAAGGUCCGCGACAUCCUCGAGGCCAUGAUCCGCGCCCACGAGAUCCAGGGCUGCAUGGCGCUUGAGAACUCGUUCAACAAGGUCGGCCUGGACCACGUCAUUCUGGUCAAGCUUGCCUCGACCGCCGUUGUCUCCAAGAUGAUGGGCCUUGACGAGGCGCAGACCCGUGCUGCCAUCUCGCAGGCCUUUGUCGAUGGCCAGUCCAUGCGCACCUACAGGCAUACGCCCAACACCAUGUCGCGCAAGUCGUGGGCUGCCGGUGAUGCUUGCCAGACUGCUGUCAACCUCGUCCUCAAGGUGCUCAAGGGCGAGCAGGGUCUGCCCACCGUGCUGUCUGCGCCCACCUGGGGCUUCUACGAUGUCAACUUUGGCGGCAAGCCCUUCACCUUCCAGCGGGGCUACGGCAGCUACGUCAUGGAGAACGUGCUCUUCAAGGUCUCUUACCCUGCCGAGUUCCACUCUCAGACCGCCGUCGAAGCUGCCCAGCGCCUGAACAAGAAGCUCAAGGCCAUGGGCAAGAGUGCCGAGGAUAUCCAGGGCGUCGUCAACCGAACGCACGAGGCCUGCAUCCGCAUCAUCGACAAACAGUUCAAGCCCAUGGACAACUUUGCUGACCGUGACCACUGCGUUCAGUACAUGGUUUCCACCAUGUUCGUGUUCAACCGUCUCGAGGCCACCGACUACCCCGAUGACAGCGAGGCCGCUCAAUCAGCCCUCGUCGAGUCCCUCCGCCAGCGUAUCAGCUGUGUCGAGGACCCACAAUUCACAAAGGACUACCACGACCCCGAGAAGCGCACCAUCUCCAACGCCCUGACCGUGACCCUCAAAGACGGCACCGUUCUAGAAGAGGAGGUCGUCGAGGCUCCUCUCGGCCACCGAUUGCGACGCGAGGAGGCGAAGCCUGAGAUCCUUAAGAAGUUCAAGAGGCAUCUCGGCCCGCACUUCCCGGCCGACCGCGUUGACAAGCUUGUCUCUUUGGCUGAGGAUGCCAAGACGCUUGAUAACAUGGACAUUGAUGAAUAUGUUGACUUGUAUGUCGUUAAGAAAUAGAUGAUUAAAAAUGUAG